AUGGGCGAAGAGGACGAGAAGCAGCAGCAAGUGGACAAGCACAACUGGGGAAGCGAGGAGCUGUCUAAAGUGAGUUUUUGUAAUAAAACCAUGCGCGAUCGCGCGCGUAAGAAGAUUGCUCUGAUCGUCUGAACCUAUUCAUCCCACUGAGAGGGCAAAUAGAUGCAUUCUGCUCUCUGUUUCGGUGUAACAAUUCCGACCUUUUUCUCUCGCCGCCGCGCCGAAUAUUCUCGCAUUUUCGACAUAGAAAUGAGCUCGAACAGUGAUGAAAGCGAUUUCGAUGAGCAUUAUAUUCCCGAAGUACGGUUUUAACAAAAUAAUUGCAUUAAAAAAAUUUGUAAUCAUUUUUCGCAGGUCUCGGAUACGAGGGACGAGAAAGACGACCAAGACCUGCAGUUGAACCCUGAUGCUCUGGGCAACUUGUUCAACUCUUCGGCUCCCGCGCGCCCAAAGGUUAGACCACAUUAAACAAUUUUUUUAUUCUAAACAUAAAUGUUCUUCAGAUUAACAUCAAGAAAGAUGAUCUCCAGCUGAUCAUGAACGAGUUGGAGCUUUCCGAGGCGACUGUCCGCUCCAAGCUGAUCGAGACGAACGGAGAUGUCAAGGCGGCGUUGAGAUCUCUCUGUGGUCUUUAA